GCACGGCGCAUGCGCGGCGCCGGGCUGCGGAGUCACGGUGCUGCGUUGCGGCGUCACGACGCCGCGCCGUCCCCUCCGAACCUGCGCCGCUGGUGUCCAGCUCCCCAGCCAUGGCUGACCCGCGCCUGAGGAAAAUCAAGAUCAAAACCGGCGUCGUGAGACGCUUGGGAAGCUGAAGUCAGGAAGAGGAAGUGAGUGGAAGACAAAUGAGGAAGUAAAUCCAUAAUGGUAUGGAAAAGAUUGGCAAAGGAAAAAAUUAUGUACGAAAAAGAAGCAAAACAGCAAGAAGAAAAGAUUGAAAAAAUGAAAGCUGAAGCCUGUGAUGAUUAUGGAAUUAAGAAACAGAUUGAAAUCUUACAAGAGUCACGAAUGAUGAUUCCAGACUGCCAGCGCAGAUUAGAAGUUGCACAUGCAGACCUUACUCAGCUACUAGAAAAUGAAAAGGAAUUGGAAGAAGCUGAAGAGUACAAAGAAGCACGUUCCUUACUGGAGUCGGUGAAGCUGGAAGCCUAGAAGUUUUUCAGUACUUUCUUUAUACUCAUUAGCACGGGGUCCAUUCCACACUUUCAUUUGACUAUGGCUGUGUUACUAUCGUUGACUUGCUAAGGUUUCCUUUAUGUAAACCAGCCUUUCUCUUAACUCCUAGAUGCAUCAAAUAAAGAAUCUUGUGAAACA